AUGAGUUCCGUACAAGAAGAGAAGCUAGCUGACGGCGCUCCAAAAACACACGUCCGCGAGCUACGGAAUACAGAACUGGUGUCGCGUCUACUAGCAGCUACCCCGCCAUACCUCUACAGCGCUUUACCCCUGCAGCCUCACGCGUUCUUCUUCAGUGAAAUGCUCCGGUCCUUCGUUAAUGCGCGACAAGGUUGUCGUCCACCGCACUACCAUCGUCGACUGAAGCGCAGAUCCCACAAAUAUUUCGCAGAAAACGAAAACGACUGGCGACGUGAUUGGCCAAAACCAGAUGAAGAAAAAAAAGAGGAGGCUAGACCAGAGGUUCCUUUAGAGCUUACUGUGGAUAAACAGGCCCGGGAUUGUGACCCUUUACCACGACGAAUGUCACCUAAAGCUGAGCCACCCAAAUCGAGCGGUAGCCCAGGUCCUCCCGGUAGGCAGUCUACCUAUGUUGAUGUAGGGACCGAAGAACUACCAAAACCUUCGCCGUGCGUACCACGAAACGUCGAACCUGUACCGCAACCUAACUUAAUACUUCCUCCACCGCCACCGAUGUGGUAUCCACCGCUUUACAACCCACAUUUAGGGGUGGAUCCCUUAAAUUUCUUUAUAGAUCUUCGUGUCUCCGGACAUAUUUAUGAUAGGAAGCGCACUGACGAUCAAAAUAGUGCUGAAGUACGACCGGAGGAAUCGCUAGAAAAGCGUUUGGCUAAAGAUUUUGGCCAGAGACCAAGGCAUUUGUCGGCUUUCUCUGUGCCAGUGCGUGGUACAAAUACAGAUGAUAAGUAUUUUGAGAGGGAUAGUGGAUAUAAAAAUUCUGGCACGUCUUAUGUAAUGAAGAAUAUAAAGCGCGUAUACGGUGAACUGUAUAAUCAGGAACAUAGGGAUGCAAAGGUCGCCAAGAUUGACGAAAAGUCUGAUGUAGAAGAUGAGCACAAUUUGACAGAUUAA